UUAAGAGAAAUGUUACGUUUACCAAAUGUCAGCACACAUUGGCGUCCUGACGACUUUAAUGGUGUAUCGGAAGCCAUUGAGAAAUUAUCCCGGCCACGUAAACGUUUAACAGAACUUAUGCUAAAAAGUCUUAACGAACAACCAGCACAACCAAAAUGUACUAAACAAUUUCUGCCAAUUUUCUUAAGAUCACCAAAAACCCUCAAGGAACAAGAGUUAAUAUUUACCAUUAAUGAAAUGCAACAAGAUAGGGCGGUGGCCACUUCAUCCCUGGAAAGCCUUCCCGCCGACUUAGUACUCCGAAGUAUAGGUUAUAAAUCGUCGUGUGCCGAUAAGGAGCUGUGUUUUGAUGCACGAGCUGGUAUGGUGGCUAAUGUAAAUGGACGUGUGCUGAAAAAUGCCAACGAUACAACCUCCGUAGAUCCUGGUCUUUAUACUGCUGGUUGGUUAGCCACUGGGCCUACGGGUGUUAUACUUACCACAAUGAAUGUUGCCUUUUCUGUGGCUAAAACUAUAUGUGAUGAUGUGGCGGCAAAGAAAAUCUCCACGGAGGAUAGUAGACCUGGUUUAAUGGAUUUGUUGAAGGACAAACGUUAUGUUAACUGGCAGGCAUGGGAACGGAUUGAUGCUGAAGAGACAAAACGUGGCCAGGCAAUUGGUAAACCAAGAGAGAAAAUUGUUAGCGUUGAGGAUAUGUUAAAGGUAGCUGGAUUGUAA